GCCCCGGCGCGCAGGGUUGACGGGAGCUCGCCUCGCGCCGCGGGGACGCCCGGGCGGCCCUGAAGGGGACGGGGCGGCCCCAGUCGGCGGUCGCAGGGAGCUCCGCCCCCGACUCGGUAUAAGAGCUGGGCCCGGCCCACGGCGGCGGCGGCGGCGGCGGCGGCGGAGAGAGCUGGCUCGGGGCGUCCGCUAGGCUCGGACGACCUGCUGAGCCUCCCAACCCGCUUCCAUAAGGCUUUGCCUUUCCAACUUCAGCUACAGUGUUAGCUAAGUUUGGAAAGAAGGAAAAAGGAAAACCCCCGGGCCCCUUUUCUUUUGUUCUUUGCCAAAGUCGUCGUUGUAGUCUUUUUGCCCAAGGCUGUUGUGUUUUUAGAGGUGCUAUCUCCAGUUCCUUGCACUCCUGUUAACAAGCACCUCAGCGAGAGCAGCAGCAGCGAUAGCAGCCGCAGAAGAGCCAGCGGGGUCGCCUAGUGUCAUGACCAGGGCGGGAGAUCACAACCGCCAGAGAGGAUGCUGUGGAUCCUUGGCCGACUACCUGACCUCUGCAAAAUUCCUUCUCUACCUUGGUCAUUCUCUGUCUACUUGGGGAGAUCGGAUGUGGCACUUUGCGGUGUCUGUGUUUCUGGUAGAGCUCUAUGGAAACAGCCUCCUUUUGACAGCAGUCUACGGGCUGGUGGUGGCAGGGUCUGUUCUGGUCCUGGGAGCCAUCAUUGGUGACUGGGUGGACAAAAAUGCUAGACUUAAAGUGGCCCAGACCUCGCUGGUGGUACAGAAUGUUUCAGUCAUCCUGUGUGGAAUCAUCCUGAUGAUGGUUUUCUUACAUAAACAUGAGCUUCUGACCAUGUACCAUGGAUGGGUUCUCACUUCCUGCUAUAUCCUGAUCAUCACUAUUGCAAAUAUUGCAAAUUUGGCCAGUACUGCUACUGCAAUCACAAUCCAAAGGGAUUGGAUUGUUGUUGUUGCAGGAGAAGACAGAAGCAAACUAGCAAAUAUGAAUGCCACAAUACGAAGGAUUGACCAGUUAACCAACAUCUUAGCCCCCAUGGCUGUUGGCCAGAUUAUGACGUUUGGCUCCCCAGUCAUCGGCUGUGGCUUUAUUUCGGGAUGGAACUUGGUAUCCAUGUGCGUGGAGUACUUUCUGCUCUGGAAGGUUUACCAGAAAACCCCAGCUCUAGCUGUGAAAGCUGCUCUUAAAGAAGAGGAAACUGAACUGAAACAGCUGAAUUUACACAAAGAUACUGAGCCAAAACCCCUGGAGGGAACUCAUCUAAUGGGUGUGAAAGACUCUAACAUCCAUGAGCUUGAACAUGAGCAAGAGCCUACUUGUGCCUCCCAGAUGGCUGAGCCCUUCCGUACCUUCCGAGAUGGAUGGGUCUCCUACUACAACCAGCCUGUGUUUCUGGCUGGCAUGGGCCUUGCUUUCCUUUAUAUGACUGUCCUGGGCUUUGACUGCAUCACCACAGGGUACGCCUACACUCAGGGACUGAGUGGUUCCAUCCUCAGUAUUUUGAUGGGAGCAUCAGCUAUAACUGGAAUAAUGGGAACUGUAGCUUUUACUUGGCUACGUCGAAAAUGUGGUUUGGUUCGGACAGGUCUGAUCUCAGGAUUGGCACAGCUUUCCUGUUUGAUCUUGUGUGUGAUCUCUGUAUUCAUGCCUGGAAGCCCCCUGGACUUGUCCGUUUCUCCUUUUGAAGAUAUCCGAUCAAGGUUCAUUCAAGGAGAGUCAAUUACACCUACCAAGAUACCUGAAACCAUUAUUACAACUGAAAUAUACAUGUCUAAUGGGUCUAAUUCUGCUAAUAUUGUCCCAGAGACAAGUCCUGAAUCUGUGCCCAUAAUCUCCGUCAGUCUGCUGUUUGCAGGCGUCAUUGCUGCUAGAAUCGGUCUUUGGUCCUUUGAUUUAACUGUGACACAGUUGCUGCAAGAAAAUGUAAUUGAAUCUGAAAGAGGCAUUAUAAAUGGUGUACAGAACUCCAUGAACUAUCUUCUUGAUCUUCUGCAUUUCAUCAUGGUCAUCCUGGCUCCAAAUCCUGAAGCUUUUGGCUUGCUCGUAUUGAUUUCAGUCUCCUUUGUGGCAAUGGGCCACAUUAUGUAUUUCCGAUUUGCCCAAAAUACUCUGGGAAACAAGCUCUUUGCUUGCGGUCCUGAUGCAAAAGAAGUUAGGAAGGAAAAUCAAGCAAAUACAUCUGUUGUUUGAGACAGUUUAACUGUUGCUAUCCUGUUACUAGAUUAUAUAGAGCACAUGUGCUUAUUUUGUACUGCAGAAUUCCAAUAAAUGGCUGGGUGUUUCUCUCUGUUUUUACCACA